GUAGGAGCAGAGUUUUGAGUUCAGUGGCGCUUACUGCUUGCAGCAGCAGCACGCGUACGGCUGACACACGCACACCUCCACAGACACCGGGAGUACGCACAGCUGCAGACCGGGCCGAGGAGCUCCACAGUCGGCAUGAGGAUCGAGUUCGCCCCGCUGAAUGUCCCGCUGCGGAGGAGGCUGCAGACCGCCGCCGUCAUGCAGUGGGUCUUCUCCUUCCUGGCGCUGGCUCAGUGCUGUCUGGCGGCCUUCAUCCUCCUCGCCCUCUCUGAUUGGUGGAUGGUGGCUCUGCUCUAUGCUGGUUGGCUGUGGCUGGACUGGGACACACCCACCAAUGGGGGUCGAAGGUCACAGUGGAUGAGGAGGUGGAGUGUGUGGGAGCACUUCAGAGACUACUUCCCGCUGACGCUGCUGAAGACGGUCGACCUGGACCCAAAGAAGAACUACGUCUUUGGAUUCCACCCACAUGGUGUGCUGGUGGCGGGGGCGUUUGGGAACUUCUGCACGGAGGCGACGGGUUUCUCUCACCUGUUUCCUGGACUCAAGCCUCACCUGCUGAUGCUGCCGUUCUGGUUCCGAGUGCCGUUCUUCAGAGACUACAUCAUGUGUGGAGGUCUGGUGUCCAGCUCCAAGUCCAGUCUCUCGUACCUGGUGAGCCGUCCUGAAGGAGGGAACGUGGCCGUCAUCGCAGUGGGUGGAGCUCCCGAGGCUUUGGACGCUCGGCCCGGAGCUCUCACCUUACAGGUUCAAAACAGGAAGGGCUUCAUCAAACUGGCUCUCAAACAUGGAGCUCAGCUGGUUCCCGUCUUCUCCUUUGGAGAGAACGAGCUGUUUGAUCAGAUCGAGAACCCGAGCGGCUCCCCUCUGAGGAAGCUGCAGAACCGACUGCAGAGCAUCAUGGGAAUAGCCAUGCCUCUGUUUCAUGCCAGAGGAGUUUUCCAGUACAGUUUCGGCCUGAUACCCUACAGGAAGCCCAUACACACCAUCGUGGGGAAGCCAAUCCCAGUCGUCCAGACUCCGAGUCCCAGCAGUGAGGACAUCGAGAGUCUUCAUAAAGUUUACCUGCAGAAUCUCACUGAGCUCUUCGAGCAACACAAACGCACCUACGGCCUUGCUGACGAGCAGCACCUCACCUUCAUCUGAUGCCGGCUGGAGCGCAUGAACAUUGUGAACUAUGAACUACAUUUAUGUAAACACCUGACCUGUGUGUCACUUGCAUGUGAUUUCACUAUGAGUAUCUGCUUGCAGAGCCCGUUGACUUAAAUUGGAAAUUCCAAAACUGCUAUCAGGAACCACUGAUUACAAUAGGAAAAGCUAACAGUGCUGGGAGGAGCCAUGCAUUUAAAUGGGAAAAAGCUAAAAGUGUUAGCAGCAACCAUGCAUUUAAGUAGGAAGAGCUAACACAUAUGUGGGAACCAUUCAUUUCAUAAGGAAACGCUUGCAGGAAUCAUUGCCUGUAAUGGGCUUUGCUAACUUUAAUGCUAAUGGAGUUUUCAUGGUACAUUUAAGGGUGUCAUAAAGACCACUUUCUUGUGGGUUUAUGUGCAAUAAAUCAUGUAAUAGGAUCACAGGUAAA